GCAUGCUUAUAUUAUUAUUGUAAAUAUAACGAAAUAAUGUUCUAAUGUAAUGUACAUAUAUUGCAUAAUAGUUGUGACACAUCUAUAGAUAUAACUAUGUAGAAAAUCAAUAUUCCAUCACCAUGCCAAUGGUGAAGGCACAACAUUCGUGAAGCACAUUGUGAUGAUCCCACGUGCAAACGAGAUAUGGCAGAGUUCUCUUUAAAUAUCCAGAAACAUAUUAAGGCAGGUCUUGUUGUGAGUGGAAAAUUUGAUGGAUCGCACGCGUGUCUCGCGGCUGCUACACCUGGUGGAAAUAUUUUGGUGCAUAGUCCUCAUAGGCAACCGCAGAUCGAUUACUCCGAUCACAAUAAGCAAUCCAAUAAAAGAUUAUCGUGGAGCGGGGAACUGGCGGAGCUUCAAAUUGGUGCCGAGGUGAAAUCAUUAUGCACCGGUCGCCUUGGAGAGGACGAGCGGGAUAUUCUGCUGAUCGGUACUGUCUCUCAUGUGCUCGCUUAUCAUGUGGAAGAUAAUGCCGAUGUCUUCUACAAAGAGAUGUCAGACGGCGCGAAUUGUAUAAUUGUUGCGAAAGUUGGUUGGCUACCUAAUCAAGUUGCAAUAGUAGGUGGCAAUUGUUCAGUCACGAUUUUAGAUGCUCAGGGUAUGGAAAUAUUUUGGAUCGUGAUGGGAGGCGUCGUCACUUCUCUGACAGUGUUUGAUUUUGAUGGAGAUGGCGAAAAUGAGUUACUGAUCGGUACAACGGACUUUGAAAUUAGAGUGCAAAAGGAAGAUACUAUGCUUUGGGAAACUAAAGAAACAGCAGUGAUUACUGCUCUCACUGAUCUUUCAAACAGACAGUUCGCUUAUGCUGUUGAUAAUGGAACAAUCGGUGUCUAUGAAGCAGGACAGAGAUUGUGGAGAGUUAAGUCAAAGCACAAAGUAGUAUCUGUAGGAACUUUCGAUAUAAACGGCGAUGGUACACUAGAGUUAAUUACUGGUUGGAGUAGCGGGAAAGUGGAUGCGAGAACGUACAAUACUGGCGAGGUCAUGUUUAAAAUUCAGUUGCCAUCCAGUGUAGCGGGUAUAGUGGAUGCUGAUUAUCGAAGAACGGGCAAGCCUGAUUUAGUGGUUAUUUCUACUAAUGGCGAAAUACGUGGAUAUAGUACUGGAUCUGCGAUGCAAACUCCAGAACCUGGAGAGCUAAUACGUGAGUUAUUAGCUAGAAAGCAGGCGCUUCAAAUGGAAUUGCGACAAAGGGCUGCAACUGGUUCCAAUAUGUAUUAUGGAUCAAGAUUAGCCAUCAGUUUGUUGACACAAAGGGGUGCAGCUCGCGUUGCACUUGCUGCUGGUCCUGGACUUUUGGUACAUUGCGCUAUAGUCUUUGCUGAGGGUGUUUUUGAGGGUGAAACGUUGGUAACGCAUCCCAAUCGGCCACAAGGAGAAUUAGAGAUCGCGCUUUAUCCUGCCAAAAAUGAUCCCGUGGACAUCCACGUUAAAGUAUAUGUUGGACCUCCUGGUGCCGACUUAUUGCAGGUUUUCGAGGUAACGCGCCAGUUGCCAAAAUUCUGCAUGUACGAAGUCAUCCCGAAACCGCAACAGAUCUCGGAAGAAUUAUCGAGUAAUGGCGUUAUAGCAGAUGUCGCGGAGAGACCGCAGCGCAUCGCCAUUUGGUUGAAUCAGAGUCUCAUCCUGGGAGAGGAACUGGAGAUCGCGGAAAAUGGUUCAAAUGCCGGAUGUAUCGAAGUGUGGCUUCGCGGGAUGCGGGACAACGAAAUACACUGCUUCAAGUCGAAUGCGAAUGGGAAAGUGAUUAUCCAGACGGAUGAUUCGACAUUUGCUGGCGAUAUCAUUCAAUCUCUCGCUAUGUAUUUAGGCGUCAGAGAGCUGAACUCGGAAGCCACGUUUCCUGCAGAAGAGACGAGAAUGCUGGACGCAUUGGAACGUGUUAAAGGUUUGAAGGAAGUCGAGGCGCGACUCCAGGCGGAAGCCGCGGGCGGCGCCAAUCUUUUGAAGAGUAUUGUAAUUCGUUUAGAAGACGCUAGGAUCCUCGAGAAUAUCGACGAUAUGCGAAAAAGAUUGAUGCAGUUAAAGAAUAUCAACGGCGACUUGAUCCGAGAACACGAAAUUCGGCUGAACAGUCAUCGAGAACUCGCAGCCAGUCUGAAAGAAUUGAAUAUCGGUGUGCAGCGUGCGGCGAGACUCAGAGUCGGGAAAGCUGCCUUCAACGCGGUAUCUCGUUGCAGAGCAGCAAUACAAGACGAAAAUUCGAAAGCUCUUGCGCUCGCGAUAAAGCACGGGUAGCUUAAAUAAGCUACAGGAUGGUUAUAUGCAAUAAAAUUCUCGAUUUUAUAAUUGCAUAAGGAUUUUCCUUAUGUAAUGCCGUGUAUAUUUAAAAAAUCGUGGCACUAUCGUGGUGCAUGCGUGAAUCUGCAUCAUUAACAAAAAAUGAAAACUUUAUUGUCUUGCCACGUUAUAUGCAAAAAGAGUUUUUCUUACAAAUAUAUUAUUUAUUAAAACA